ACCUUGUAUUUUAACCCUGUUUCUUGAUGUAUGUCGCUGUUUAGAAUCAGUCAUGAAAUAUAUUAAUAUUGUAAAAAAUUGGCGUGAUUCUGCUUCAUUAAUAUUGCUCACAAAGCGGAAUAGUGAGUUAUUAUCGCGCGUAGAAGAUCGUGGCGCAGAAGGCGUUAAUUACGACAUAUUGUUGCAGACUCGGACGGGCAGUGCUUCUUUUGCCAACAGCGUGGUGUUUCCCGGUGGAGUCAGCGAGCCCGUGGACGGCAGCCCCCGCUGGUCGCAGCUCCUAAGCUCCUUCGGUUACACCAAAGAGGACUUCGAAGCGCUGCACCGCCCCGCCGGUGAUAUUACGCCGAUUUUUCAAGAUAAUCCAAUACAAAGCUUACCAAAGACCCAGCUGAGUUAUUAAACCUGUGUGAAGAAUACAAGUGCUACCCUGACAUAUGGUCGCUGCACUACUGGAGUAACUGGCUGACUCCUAUACAUUUACCUAAAAGGUUCGACACAGCUUUCUUUGUUGCUGCUUUGGAGAAGAAACCGGAAGGCAU